AUGGGCAUCAUGGACGAGUCGUUUUUGGACAUGGGCAUCAUGGACGAGUCGUUUUCGGACAUGGGCAUCAUGGACGAGUCGUUUUUUUACAUGGGCAUCAUGGACGAGUCAUUAAGAAUUCUCGAAUUCGUCUCCAUCCGUCUCCAAGCGGAGAUAGCGGAGCAAAAGCUGGAGGUGCUCAAGAGGCGAGGGCAGCUGCACGUGCAGGUUCAGGGCGGACCGGGCGGAGAUAGCGGAGCAGAAGCUGGAGGUGCUCAAGAGGCGAGGGGAGCUGCUGGCCGUUCAGCCUCGGCGGAGAUAGCGGAGCAGAAGCUAGAGGUGCUCAAUUGGCGAGGGCAGCUGCUGGCCGUUCAGCCUGAGUCACACCUAGUACUUGCUUGGUUCCCCCAUUCUCGCCCUCGCACUCCCCUUCCACCAAUCCUUACCAAGGCUCGGAUAGAAGAGCAGAAGUUGGAGUUCCUCCCAUCUCCCCCCAGCUCUCUCUCUCUCUUCAAGUCCGAGCCAGGUCUCUCUGUUCAAAUCCGAGCUGAGAAACCGCUCACAGAUGCUCAAACGACUGCAAGUCGAGUGCCAGCUACGACUGCUGACAGUGGGGAGGGGGGAAUGGAGAUGUGUGGCACCAUAGGGAGUGCGGGCAGAGUACAUGAGGGAGGUGAACUGGUGAGGGUGUUUGAACUCGGUUCUCCUCUAGCAUCCUCUGCCGGUUCUCAUGCAGCUGCUGUUACUCCUGCUGGGGUUGCAUCUGAAGGUGGUUACAAUGUGACUACGGCAGAAGAGGAAGAGCAACUUGCUGCUCCUGGCAGCAAGAGGUGGGUCCUCAAGCGGUUGGGCCACAUCGAUGCAGACGGGGUGGUGCAGCUCAAGGGCCACUCACCCCUCCUCCCCCCUUCCCUUCCCAAACCCCUUUUCUUAUGCUCCAACCUUCCUUCCCAUCUCUCCUCUCUAGCUCUCGCUCUUCAAAUCCGAGCUGAAAAACUGUUCACGAGUGCUCAAGCGUUUGCGCCACAUCGAAUCCGAUGGGGUGCUCUCACUCUUCAAAUCCGAGCUCCGAAAUUGUUCAGGGGUGCUGAAACGCCUUGGCCACAUCGAUGCAUACGGGGUGGUGCAGCUGAGGGCUGGGCGGCGUGUGUCGUCAUGACAGGCAAAGAGCUAGUGGUGGUGGGGUUUAUGGCAGGCAGCGAGCUGGUGGUGGUGGGGUUUAUGGCAGGCAGCGAGCUGGUGGUGUUGGGGUUUAUGGCAGACAGCGAGCUGGUGGUGGUGGGGUUUAUGGCAGGCAGCGAGCUGGUGGUGGUGGGGUUUAUGGCAGGCAGCAAGCUGGCGGUGGUGGGGUUUAUGGCAGGCAGCGAGCUAGUGGUGGUGGGGUUUAUGGCAGGGAGCGAGUUGGUGGUGGUGGGGUUUAUGGCAGGCAGCAAGCUGGUGGUGGUGAGGUUUAUGGCAGGCAGCGAGCUGGUGGUGGUGGGGUUUAUGGCAGGCAACGAGCUGGUGAUGGUGGGGUUUAUGAUUGAAGGGGCACUCUCUCACCUCCCCUCUGCUCCCCUCUUCCCCCAUUCUCCACCCUUCUCUCCACCCUUCCCUCCACCUCUCUUGCAGCUCUCCCUGUUCAAGUCAGAGCUGAGAAAUCGCUCACGAGUGCUCAAGCGCCUGGGCCACAUCGACUCGGACGGACUGGUGCAGCUGAAGGGCCGGGUGGCGUGCGUCGUCACUACAGGCGACGAGCCGCUGGUGACGGAGCUCAUGCUGGAGGGGGCGUUCAACUCCAUAGACCCUCACCAGCUCGUGGCUGUUGCUAGUUGUUUUCUGCCCUCUGAGAAGUCGAAUGAAGAGCAGGUGAGGAAGGGAGGCAAUUUCUGA